AUGGCAGGCGAGGAAACAAUCUCGGCCUCACCUCAAGCACGCUCGAGCCUCUCCACACGCUCAAGCCCCCGGAGCGCAGGUGCAGCCGCCGUCCGGCGCGGUGGCACUGCCGGCGAUGCGGCCGGAGAACGGCCUUAUCGGUCGCACCUCCGACCGGCCUGCCAGGCGUGCAGGAGGCGCAAGUCUCGCUGCAAGGUCGACGAUGGCGAGGAGAAAGGGUGUCUCAUGUGUCGCGUGCACGGGACGAAAUGCGAGUUCCCAAGCAAUGCCUCAAAACCCUCGAAGCCUCUGCCUGCAGCAGCCCGCAGCAAGAGGUCCGAGCCGGCGUCUCACGCCCUGCCGCGAUCCGGUGGGACAUCAUCGGUGAGACAAAGACAGCUUCGAUCCCUACCGGAGCCGUCCGCUUCCCUGGCUGCACCGCUGUCUCAAACCACGUCUCCUCCACAACACUUGGCGCAGCUGAGGGAUGAUGGUGUCGCCACACAGCAUUCAACGACCAUGAUCGCCGGCCUGGGAAGCCCCGAGGAGGAAGAGAGCUCCCACAUCGUCGGCCCAGUCGUGACGAGCGACACCCAGAUCCUGGCGGACUACCUGCGCGCUGACCCUCACCACGGCGCCGGUCGACGGCUUGCACGCACCGCGCGUGGCCGCGACGGCAGCGGAUCAGCAGGCCCCGACAACUCGGUCAUGUUCGCGAGGGUCCGGAGGCGGCCCAUAGGCCAGACGCCGAACCAGACAGUCGCGUCGGGCAAGUGCCUUCUCAUCGAGAAGAUCAUCGAGCCGUUCGCAGACGAGCUCAUCGACACGUACUUCCGCAGGGCCAACGCGUGCUUCCCGCUGCUGGACGAGGGCUCGUUUCGGGACCAGUUCCGCCGCCAGCCCUCGCACAUCUCGUCGGCCCUGCUGGCGAGCGUCUACGCCCACGCCCUGACCUUCUGGUCGCAGCCGCGCCGCGCCGCCGGGAGGCACUGCCCGGACAGCAGGUUCGUCUGGAACCAGGCUACUGACGCGCUGUAUUCGGAGCUUCAGCUGUGCCCGGGCAUGUCGACGGUGGUCGCGGUCCUGCUGGACGUCGGGGGCCGUCCUUCGACUUCCAUGAUUGGCAAUGGCGUCCUGAUCGGGUCGGCCGUCUCAAUCGCCCAUGGCUUGGGGCUGCAUCGUGACCCGACCGACUGGGACAUGUCUGAGCCUGAGAAGAGGAUCAGGGUGCAGAUCUGGUGGGCUCUCGUGGUCCAUGACAGAUGGUUCAGUCUCGCUUACGGCACACCUCCGCACAUCCAGGCAAAGUUCUACGACGUUCCAAGGCCGAGGGCAGAUGGCGGCGGAAAUGCGGUCUUCCUGGCUCUCGUCAGUCUGAGCGAGGUCCUCGACGCAUUUCUUGUGCACAUCUACGCCCUAAAGUCGGACAGACGGGCCACAUCCGAGUUCGACCCAGGGGCCGCCCUCACCCAGUGGGAAGAGUCUCUCACUGGUGACAGCCGCCGGCUCAUCCUCCAGGGCCGAGACCUCAGCAUGCCUGGGGCGAGUAACUUCCGCCUGGCGUACUUGUUCGUGCGCCUUCUUCAGCGCAGGAUGGAGCUUGACAGCACGACAGACAAAGGCGAGCGAGCAGACGCAGAUGCUUUAUCAGGCCGGUAUAUCCACGUUCGCCAGGCCGCGGAAGAUAUUGUGCGCCUGGUUCAAGCACUUCGGGCACCACAGCUCAACGAUUUCUGGCUGCCUACUUCGGCAUUCAUCUUCACCUCCACCAUCGCCUUCCUGCUGCGAGUCGCGUUGGAGGCGGAGAAAACGGCCAGCGGGCUUGUGGAGAGCAUCUCUCUGAGCCUCGCAAAUGACCUUCUGGUUGCUUUGAAAGGCCACCAGCAGAAGUUCGGGUGGGACCUAGGUGACGCCUGCAUCGCACAAUAUACCGACGUUGUUGAGGAGUUGCGGAAGGCAACUCCGGUAGCUCAUGUCGGCCAAGGGGCUCCUAAGGCAUCUAUGCCUCUGAUUGACUGGCAGGAUUUUGAUGUGUCAGGCUUGCCUGAUGUUGAAGAGCUGUUCCCAAAUCUGUGGGACAUGUUUGACAGCAACUAUUGA